AUGGUUCAUUUAGAAAAUGUCUUUUUAAAGAAUGUACUAUUGUAUUUACCAACAUUAAAAGAUGUUGGGAGAUUUACACAAGUAUGCAAAUCAUGUGAAGAAGCAAUCAACACGAUUUAUGUUAAUCCAUAUGAAUUAACAAUCCAUCACUCAUUUGAUGAAAUUAUUCCAGUAUUUCCUAAUUUGCAAACAUUUUAUGUUAGAAGAUGUCCAGAAAGAUUAUACAAAAUAUCAGCAAAUGAUAUUCCACUAAUUGAAAUUGGAAGGUGGAAUGAAACAUCAAAACAAACAAAAGUUUUUAAUACAAAAUGGUUUUGUUCAAAAAUAAGAAAAUUACGAAUAAGUAUUGAUUUUUGUAUGAAAUUUCAAUUAAAACAUCCAGAAUAUUUCACACAAUUACAAGAAUUAGUUAUUUUAAAUAACAACGACUUAAAUAUAAUAACAAAAUUACUUGAAUUACCAACAUUAAAAAAAGUAAUUAUUUUUUGUAAUAUUAGUGAAUUUCAAAAAUAUUUUGAAAAAGUUGAGUUUAAUAAAUACAAACAAAUCAAUUUCAUUAUUAUUUUAAAUGAGUAUGGAUUUACAAUUAAUAAUUUAUUAAAACAAAUUGAUUAUAGUCAAUUUGUUAAUUGUACAUUUUACACUAGAAUAUUUAAUAAAUCAACAAUAAAUUUACCUUAUUUACCACUAUUACCAUAUGAAAAUAAAUUUUUAAUAAAAUUUAAAAAACAAAACAAUACUGUUACUAUUGAAAGUGAUGUUUUAGAUAAAAUUAAUGAAAUUAAUGAAAUAAUUGUAAAAGGUGAAAUACAAAAUGUUAUUAUUGAAAAUAUUUUAAAAGAGUUUGAAGGAAAUCAAUUUGAUUUAACAACAUUACCCAUUGAAUCAUUGUCGAUAACAAAAGUUAAAAAACAAAGUCUUAUUAUUAUUAUUCCACCAAAUUUAAAGUCAUUAACAAUUAACAGUUGUAAGUCAUCAAUUGAUAUUUCAAAAUGUCAUUUAAAAAAGUUAGUAUUAAAUAAUUACCAUGGAAAAUUAAUAGAGAUACAUGAUGACAAUUUAGAAAAGUUGAAAUUAGUUCUAGACAGAAGUAAAUGGUAUCAUAAUGGGACAUACUAA